UUAGCUAUGCGUGGUAUUUCAUCAAACUUUUUCAAAAUCGAGCUAUUUACUCCAAGUCUUUGUACCUUUAAGUUUACCGGUAUACCUUUUCAUAAAAUAUGUGGGAGCGGUCUUUCUUCUGUUAAACAAGUAAAUAUUGCUGCAGUAAUGUAUUCAAUCGGGGAUAAAGCUCCUAUGGUUCUAUUUAACUGGCUGCGAGAAUUUACCAAUGUAAAAUCAUUGAUUGUUUCCUCAACUACUCUGCAGAUUCUCUCCUUAGUUCCUGAUUUAUUGGAGGUUGAGCUCCCUUCUUUCGGUAACUUGAAGUCAAUGGAAAUAAAAUUGGAACCAAUCGAAGUUCAGCUAGGAUUACCCUUCAUAUUGAAAGAUGCCAUGUUAAAGAGAGCUAUUGCCACAUCACGUAAAGAAGCUGCAAAGGUACGAAAAGCAUUUAAAGCAGGUUGGAAACCACCUUCCAUACCUGAUGGAAUAGUCAACUUCUUGCUUCAAAACUCGCCGUCUGCAAAAGUUGAUAUCACAACAAUUUAUUAGUGCUUGUUGAAGAGUCUAUCCAACCUAAUGUUGUGGGAAAUAAUUGAAGUGAAUCACGAGGGUGUUAAUGGCAUGCUGAUGCAGUGAAGAAAAGAAUGAACCAAAAAUGAAGACAAAAUACCAUUACAGAGCGAUUGACAAAAUCCCGAAAUUGUAUUGGAUCGUAACAAGUAGUGUCUUGUACCACCAACUUGUAUCAAACUAGUCCUGCUCCAUGUAAUCAUCUAUUGUCAUUAAUGGUCAACUGGUCGUAUUAACAAGUGACUUGUACAUAUUAUGCAAUUUGGAUAAUAUAUGUUAAAGAUCGUCUUGCAAUCUA